UAUAAAAAAUUAAAUACACGAAAAAUGAGUGGCAAAAAACGCGUUUGCAGGUGCCCUCCAAAAUUACAACGAAUAUGCAAACAUGCGAAAGUCACGGAUUGUAAGGAUGUUGCGGAAAUUAUUGAAGCUCUCACAUAUCAAGCUGAAAGUUCAAAGAAAAGUAAUAAAGUAAAACCACCGAAGUUUAAAACAAAGCCGUUCACACCGCGUCAUUAUAAGGACACGUGUAUUCCUAUGGCGCCGUCGAUGCAUACGAGAUUGAAAUACAUUGGACACUGUUCGUUAGAACCAUCUAAAACAGACACUCGAGAAAAGCAAGCCUACUCAAGGUUUGAUUUUGGAUCUACAUCGGAAGAGGAGGCUGGCGGUGUAUUAAGAAAGAAGAAAAAGAAAUACAAAAAGAAAGUUCGAUACUACGAUCUGUUACCCUGCGAUGUGAUCCUGCCCACGCCGGUACCUGUUGUCAAGCAUACAGCAUCUGAUCAAUCUAUCUUUAAUGUGGCGAGCCCUAAGACAAGUGGGGAAGUGAUUGCGGCACAGAAGGCGGCAGCGAAACCAGCAGACUAUAAACCGCCAUUACCACCGAAAUCUGGCUACGAUUUGUACAAACCACAUAGCGGAAUAAUAGUGAAUAAGGACAAAUCUUUUGCACCCGAUGUUGUUCAUAUGCCUGGCCCAAGGAAAUUUGAAAGCGAUAAAAAACCAAAGAAAAAACCAUGUCAUAAAGGAGGAGUGUGCACUAGAAAAUCUUGUACCAGGAAAAAAUGCAGAAAAUAUGCUGCACUGAGGAAACGUCAAAUUGCAAGAAAAACUAGAAGGUCGGAGCACAACGCGCCGUACACGACGCUGGGCGUGACGGACGGCAAGCCGCGCGCGCGCGGCACGCAGAAGCAUCUCGAUGACGACGACUCCAUCUGCGGCCUCGAUGAGAUCCCCCGUCCGGAACAUGUUCAAAUACCAGCGAAUUUGAAACGCGGAACACUACAGACCCACUCUCUAACGGUGCUACCUUGUACGAAAGAACGAAAAUCUGCAAUACACUAUGGUAUUCUGACUGGCACUUUCAACAUGUACGACAAUAAAUUCAGCGCUAGAUCAAAAGGAAGGCAGGCUCUUACGAUGAGCGUCAUGGCUUACUGCUUAGCUUUUCAUUAUCAUCCAAAACAGUGGACUAUGAAAUUAUUGGAUAACUUGAUGGAUGCUGGUGAUCAAUGGUACAUGCAAUGUUUGGACAAAGUACAUGAUCAUUCAGCGGUGCAAGGAAUGUGUGAGGUAUUGCCGUUUGGUAAAAAGCAAACUUUAGUGUUGAACGGCAAGAGAAUGCAAGUUUUGCUUGGAGAGCCAGACAUAGUUGGAUAUUCAAUGUCUCUGGACCCCACCGUAUACAACCUUUGUAGAGGGCUCAAAGCGUUCUUUAAGAAUAAUCGUGCUGGUAUUUUACUGACCAGGGUACUGAAAGUUGUAAUAUGGAAGGAUCGAAUAUGCUACUAUAUUUUCGAUCCUGCGGGUAGGGACUCGAGGGCAUAUUCCAACUUUUCGAAUGGUUGCGCCGCCCUUAUCAACGUCAAGGAUCUAGGAUCAGUAUCAGAAGUCUUGUUAGCGCGGAGCAUUUUGGAGGAUCAAAAAUUCGUUCUGUCGCCCGUUAAAGUACUAAAAAUGGUAGAUGAGAAAUGUGAUGAAGAUUUCGAGUCUGACAAAGAGUUGACGCAGGCUGAAAAGGCUAUGAUGGGUUAUAGAAUACUUACCGAAAAUUGCGCUAUCGUGAAUGCGAAUAUGCAUUUGGGUGACAGAUGUUUUGAAGAUGCAAAAUAUCGUCAAGCGUUGCCGAUCGCUAUAGUUGCCAUGACGUAUGCCAAGAUAUCUCCUCCUAACACGUGGUUUUCAAAGACAUUGGACAAAGUGCUGCGUCUCGGCACCAAAUUGUACAUGGACUGCUUGCAUCCUAAAGUGCUGAUCGACAUGACGAUAGAUAAUAUACCGAACGAAAUUAUUGUAGGCCCGUACGCUUGCGAGAUUAUUAUUUACAGAGAGAGGGUUAAAGGCCAAUUGUUUACUACGAAGGAGUGUUUGCUGAAUAUUCGCACGGGCCUCGAAGAAUUCUUCAGUCAUGAAUAUAAUAGUGGUAUUUUAGAAUUCAAUAACUAUGCGCUAGCGGUGUGGAGACAGAAAGACAUGUAUUAUCUGUUCGAUCCAUAUCCGCGCGCUAACGACGGAUCGCGAUCAGUCAAUGUCGGUAGAGCUUGUUGUCUGAUGCUUCUCAACCCGGAUACCAUGGCUGCUGUGUUUACGAAGAACUGGGAUUAUUUGCCUGCAACUACACAGUUUUAUAUUCAUGCGUUCAAAGUCCUGAAAUUAAAGAAAAAAAAUGUUCAGGCUCAAAUAUUAUGCACUCUUAGCGACGAGCAGUUGCCAGGAGUCAAGAAAGUGAAACGUAAAGUUCUGCCGACGAGCAAGGCUCGAGGCGAUGGCAAGGAGCUAUUCCACGACGUCUUGCCUAUGGAAGAGCUGGAAGAGACGCCUGCAGCUGGGCCACAAGUGGAUGAAGAGCAUAUGGGGGAUAUAAUAUCCUUGGUAGAAAGCGUACAAGAGGACUAUCUUCCUCCUAUACCUUUAAAAUACAAGAACUUACCUCCUGAAGAAUUGCAGCCUAAAGUCGUGAACUUGGACUCGCCGACGGUGUCGGUGACGCAGGUGGUGCCGCCGUGGCCGCGCCCGCGCGACAAGACGCACGAGCCGCCCGAGCCCGACCCCGAGCCCGAGCCCACGCCGCCACCCACUCCACCGCUGCUACCGCCACCGGAAGGAGGGGAAGAGGAGGAAGAAGAAAAUGAGGAGGAGGAAGAUGAAGACGCAGCGCAGCGAAAGAAGGAAGAAGAGAAGAGGAGGAAGGCGGAGGAAGAAGAGGCGCGGCGCAAGGCGGAGGAGCUGCCGCCGCCGCUGCCGCCGCCGCCGCCCUCGCCGCAGUCCGAGCCCGAAGAAGUACCGUUGGCGCAACCAAUAGAAAUAGUCGAAGAUGAAGUCCAAACGAUGCCGCCGGUCAAAGUCGACCGUCGAAUCCUUCUCACAGAGGACGCCAUGUACCGUUCCAAGUUGCGACAGCUCCGCAAAAAAAUGACGCCUCCUUUAGUAGAAGCCGGCGAUGAAUUGACGGCGCAAGAAGAGUUAGAAAAGCCGAGCAACUUCAAAAGUUUGCCGGACAACAGUCAGAUUAUAAGAGGAACAACUGCAAUUAAUGAAUCAGACGCCAUAGACGUGCUGCCCUUUGCAGCCAUAAUGGCGAUAGUGACGUCCUACAAGUACACAGUGAACACGUGGACGGUCGGGUUAGUUAACUUCGUAGUGGAGACGGCCAAGAAGUUACACCAGAAUAAGAAGGAAAAGUUUCAGCUCGCCCCGGUUCAUGUUAUACCGAAAAUUGCUAUUGGACAUCAGGCGUAUCACGCUCACAUCGACGUGGUGGGGUCGGGCGUGACGUGGCAGCUGGAGCGCGCGCUGCGGCGCCUGCUGCGCGCGCACGACCGCGGCGCGCUCACCACGUCCAGCUACAGCUGCGCCGUGUUCCUCCGCAGCGGCCUCUACUACCUGUACGACGCGAGCGCCUGCAACGCCAUGGGCCUGCGGGAAGCCGACCGGAGCAAAGGCAAAGCGUGUUUGAUGCGAUUCACCUCGUUGCACGAUCUCGUAGCGAGGGUUUGGUAUAAUAAAGGUGGGAAGACCGAGGAACAGCAGUUUAUACUGAGCAGAAUAAUAGUGAGAAGACUGAUGAUCGAACCCCGCUUGAAAUUGCCUGAGGACUACGAUUUUGCCACGAUGGCGCCCAAGAGCAAAAAAUCUAAAUUAUCGUUCGCUGAUGAAUCGAAAUCAUCAUCUGAUAAGAAAAAAUCUACUACCGAAAGCUCUGAGCCAAAAACGGAACCGCCGGUUGGCUACCAACAGAUCGGUGGGAUAUACAGAAUAGAAGGGACGACAGCGCUCAAGGACAGAAAAUCUACUUCAGACGUGAAAUCUUGUCAUUUCGUCAGUUUAAUAGCUAUGCUGAUGGCGACAAUGCACCCCAUCCGAACCUGGGACCACGUCACGGUGGACACAUGCAUCGAGAAAGGCUUAGAAAUACACGAGAAGGCGACCAACUUGAGCGUUUGCGAAAAGAGAGUGAUCAAAAACAUUAUUCUGGAUGGCAAAUUCGUGAACGUUAAUAUCAAGAAAAUUACUGUCGUGAACAAAAAUCCGGAGAAGACACUAGAACAGUAUUUGAGAGCAGUUUUGAGAAGACUCCGAUACGUCAUCAUUAGAUUCCCUUCGUGCAGCAUGGUGAUCUGCCAGACCGACGGCUACUACCACCUGUUCGACGCCUACGCGCCGCCCGCCGACAGCCCCGACCCCGCGCUCGCGCAGCGGGAACGCAAGGCCAGCAAGGACUCUGCGACGGAGGCGCCCGCGCAGGCGAAGCCGGCCGCCGUGGCCGGCUGGACUCUCUAUCGCUCCAUGGAAGCUUUGAUUCAUAGAAUAAAGAAAAAUGUAUCUUCUGCGAACUCUCCUGAAUUCUAUACUUUCGAACUGACUUCGAUCAAAACUGCUCCCCGUCAUUCCGCUCUGAACUACAGACUCAGCCCGCUCUUUAAACCGGACGAGAAUCCUAACGCGCCAUAUUUAAGAAGACGUAAGAUUCGUCCGACCGUAGAUGAGAAAAUGUAUUGGCUAAAUAUUGAAAGUAUACCCUGGUCGCGCAUGAAUUGUGUCAACGAUUUGGGGCUAGACCGGAACACCCCUCGAACUAUGUGGAAGCAUUGGGACAUCGAAUUCCCCGGAGACCUCUACUCGCUCUGGGGAUCGCUGCAUCCCUCGGACGCCAAGUUUGAGGAACCUUAUCGCGGCAAACAAUACUUGGCGACCAGCGUCGUGGCGCUGGUGAUGAGCAAAGCCUGCAGCUUGAGCGCUUGGACCGGCAGUCUCCUGGAUGGAAUCGUCGAAGUGGGAGACAGAUAUCAUCAGAAAUGUCAUUCCAAGUUCGGCAAAAACCACGAAAUCGUGCUCGACGAUUUAGAAACAAAGUUUGAUGAUAUGUAUCCCUACUCGUUUUCGGUGAAGUUUGAUAAAGUAAUAUUUGGCUUUGUGUAUAACAUUUAUCCCGAUAGAUUUAAUUUGAGCAAGGCUUUAGUUUAUUUCUUUGAAAAGAAUGUUUUGGGAAUAUUGAUAAGUCCUGCAAAGAACUUGGCUUUUGGCAAGGCAGGCACCUCGUAUUUCAUGUUCGACUGUCAGAGUUACGGAGCCCCGGUAUUCAGUCCCGGCCAAGGAGCCGCGUACAUUUUGAAAUGUGAAAGUCUCAACAGAUUAAUCUAUUGUAUGGCGAUAACAUUGAAUAUAAGAAGACAUGGUCAGCAAUUCCAUUUGUACAGCGUAACUUUGACACUUAAUGAAAAAUCUAAAUAAACGGUAUAAAUACAUA